GUCUGUAGCCUAAUAUGCUAUGAGGGGCCUGCUGGCCUUGACAGUUUGGGACUUGUUGAUUCCACGUGAAGUUCUGGAUUUUGUUGUCUAUCUUGGUGGAAUUUUGUCAGAGAUUGCACUGAUAGCUUUGUCAGGGAAUCUCCAGGCACAGCCCCAGCAUCCAGAGACACCCUGGCCUCUCCAGCAGCAUCAGCAACACCUAGUUCUCCACUGCCCUAGGACCAUCCCAACAGCAGGAUCUGUGUCCACCCUCCUGGCCAGGACAAUACCAAGGCACCUGAGUCCUCAGACAGUCAAGGCUCUUAGCAGCCUCUCAGAACCCAAGAGAUGAAGGGCCUCCUCACACUGGCUUGGUUCCUGGUCUGCAGUGUGCCUGCAGUGCCCGGAGGCUUCCUAGAACUGAAGUCCAUGAUCGAGGAAGUGACUGGGAAGGAUCCAAUAAUGAACUACGGCUUUUAUGGCUGCUACUGUGGCUGGGGAGGCAAAGGGACCCCCAAGGAUGGGACUGAUCGGUGCUGUUGGGUGCAUGACCGCUGUUAUGGGGAACUGGAGGAGAAAGGCUGUGGCAUCCGGACUCAGUCCUAUGACUACAGAGUCACACAGGGUCAGGUCAUCUGCGAAUACGGGUCCUUCUGUUCGACGAGGCUUUGUGCCUGUGAUCGGAUGCUGGUCUACUGCUUGCGGAGAAACCUCUGGAGCUACAAUCCUUAUUAUCAGUAUUACCCCAACUUCCUCUGCUAACCUGUGUGGGCUCUGCUCUGGGGGUUCCUCCCACAGUGGAGGCCCCCUCUGCUGUAUUCCUGAUGCACGCCCCAAGGUCUUGGAUCUGUCUUCAUCUGUGUGCCACUGGGCUGGGCAGCACCCUAGGACUACGCACCCCAUACCCAAGGUCCUAGAGAGGAACUCUGAUCCCAGCUUGGCAAACUCCCAGGAUGGCUGAGCUGGCACUUGUGAAGUUGGCUCUGGGCCUGGGAGCUCCCCCAGCUCCAGGCCGGCGCUGUGUUGACUUUUCUUUCAAUUUCUGGAACCGAACUGACAUUACCAACCUCCAGAGAACUUUUACUCGAGUAGAAGCCAAAUUAACUCUAUAAAUCUGCUAUGUAGAUAUUAAAUAAACCCAUUUGCAAGGCUAGUAAACACCCCCAGAAUUUCCUCUGAUAGGGCUGGGAUAGGAUUACCUAAACUUUUGUAAAUCCCUGCAGCACCUGCAUGCCCUCAGGGAUGGAGGUGGAAACAGGUGGGAGCCUUCUUAGCCUUUCAAGUUUUUGUUUGUUUGUUUUAUUUUGUUUUGUUUUGUUUUUUUUU